CGCUGCCGUAGACUCUCAGUUAUACAUUUUUGACAGACCCACUGUUACUACGUCUCUCUUCCUCGCCGGAACACCUAUCUCUGCCCCCGGAGGGAAUUCACCGGGAAAUUAACUCUGCGGACAAAGGUUCAUAAAAAAUUAAAGAAACAAAAAAAAGAAAGAAAAAGAAACAGCUACACGUUUCUGUGUUGCUCCAUUAGCUAAAUCCAGUUACACAUUAGGCCAUGAUUACAGCGUGUGAGAAAAUGGAACAGCAGAGAAGUUCAUCAGGGUCUUCACAUAGCCCUAGAUCUCCUUCAUCGCAGCCUUACUUAUCAGUUUUAGUUACUGAUCCUGUUAAAUUAGGCAAUGGCGUCCAAUCUUACAUCUCUUAUCGGGUCAUUACCAAGCAGACAAAUUUUCCUGAAUACCAAGGGCCUGAAAAGAUUGUUAUUCGGCGCUACAGUGAUUUUGUUUGGUUGCAUGACCGUCUUUUUGAAAAGUACAAAGGUGUCUUCAUUCCUCCUCUUCCCGAGAAGAGUGCCGUAGAAAAGUUUCGUUUCAGUGCUGAAUUUAUCGAGAUGAGACGUCAAGCACUAGAUAUAUUCGUCAAUAGGAUAGCUUCUCAUCACGAGCUUCAGCAAAGUGAGGAUCUGAGAACCUUUCUAGAGGCAGAUGAAGAGACAAUGGAGAGACUAAGGGCUUAUGAGACUGGUAUUUUUAAAAAGAAGCCAGCAGAUUUUAUGCAGAUUUUUAAGGAUGUGCAAACUAAAGUGAGUGAUGUCAUUCUUGGGAAGGAAAAGCCUGUUGAAGAAUCAAACCCUGAAUAUGAGAAGUUGAAACAUUACAUCUUUGAGCUUGAAAACCACUUGUCUGAAGCACAGAAGCAUGCAUAUCGUCUUGUAAAGCGACACAGAGAACUGGGGCAAUCUCUGUCAGAUUUUGGGAAGGCAGCCAAACUGCUUGGUGCUUGUGAAGGAGAAGCCCUCGGGAAGGCAUUUUCUGACCUAGGGGCAAAAUCAGAGACAUUAUCUGCUAGGCUACAGAAGGAGGCCCAUCAACUUUUAAUGAACUUUGAAGAACCUUUGAAAGAUUAUGUUCGCGCUGUUCAAUCGAUUAAGGCUACCAUAGCUGAGAGGGCCAAUGCCUUCAGGCAUCAGUGUGAAUUGGCAGAAACAAUCAAGUUGAAGGAAAUAAAUCUUGACAAGCUCAUGCUAACCCGUUCUGAUAAAGUGGGAGAGGCUGAGAUUGAAUAUAAAGAGUUGAAGGCAGAGGGUGAGGAAGCAACAAGAAGAUUUGAGAACAUUGUGCGAGUGAUGAACGAAGAGAUAGUGCGUUUCCAAGAACAGAAAACACAGGAUAUGGGGAUUGCUUUCCAUGAAUUUGCGAAAGGACAGGCACGUUUGGCAAAUAGCAUUGCAGAUGCAUGGAGAAGUCUGCUUCCUAAGCUUGAAGCUUGUUCAUCAUAAAAAUUAUCAGAUGCCAAACAGUGAGGAAUUGUAUUUGCUUUGUAAAGACUUGUGACUUUCAGGAAUUAGUUCACGUUCUGGUGUUAUAUGAGAAUUGCAAUUUAAAUUCUUGUACAAAUUCGAAACAAAAUGAAAAGGCAGAGUACAUUCUCUUCAAAGAUAA